AUGACAACAGACCCGCAUGCGCACACCCGCGUCAACCUCGACCGCGCCGUGCAUCUCUCGACCCAACGUGUCGACAAAAACAGAUCAGCGCCUGCUGUCUUCCUCAAAGUAGCAGCCUCCGCUGUCGGGAAAAGGGAAAAGGAAAGAAAGCGCCGCGUUGGCUCGGGUGGGCAAAAUCAAACUUGCGCGUAUGCCUCGCAGAAGCAGGCGCCCACGUGUGAAAUGCAGGUUACCUACAAAGGCGCGGCGGGUGCCCUUCCGCAGGGCUUGGCCGGAGGCGGUGGCAGCAGCAGAGCCGCCAUCACACUUGCCUUACCGUUCUACACGCAGAGUGGAAGAGCAUAA